AUGUUACUUCGCCUGGAUGUUUGUGUCCAUGUGAGUGACACGAAGGGAGUUGGAAGACGGUGUCACUGCAAGGAGUGUUACUAUGGUAACGGUGAGAACUACAGGGGAACCAUAAGCGCCACCGUGAGCGGCGAACCCUGUAUUGGCUGGGGUAACAGAACGUACGAACUACAGAAAUAUCCAUGGGCGAAUCUCGAGCACAACUACUGUCGUAACCCGGAUGGAGCGGAGAGACCGUGGUGUUACGCGGGGGAAGGCGGUGAAUGGGGCUACUGCGACAUCCAACCUUGUAGUGGUCUUGUUUGCAAAGAUCGCGGCAUACCUCGGCGAGUUCGUCCCAGUCCGGUCAAGCCGCACUACUGGCCGGGAGAAAAGGUGAACUACACCUGCGAGUCUGGCUUCAUUCUGGAGGGAGCCGUCAUUUCAGAGUGCCAAAGAGAUGCCACGUGGGACACCGCAGUACCAACUUGUAAAGUUGAUGAGAGAGCGCUGCUUCUGGAAGAGAAAGUCGCGCUGGUCAAGCCCUCUCUUCCCCCGACAGGCGACGUUAUCAUUACGGCUGAGGGCCUGGUCAGCAGUAUUGUCAAUGUUGACGAAACAAUACCGGCCAUCACUACGGACUCCAGCUUUUACUUGCAUUGGUACGACCCCCGGCUCGCCUGGACGCCGUCAUCUUAUGGUGACCUGCAGCUUAUAGAGCUGGACGCGAACAAAGUAUGGAGACCGACCAUCCAGCUGUUAAUGAACGCCAAUCCUGACUACAGAGGCUUUCCCGAAGUUAACGUGGUCGUCAAAGCUGACGGAGAGGUUCUCUGGAUCUUAGAAAAUCUGCUCGUGACCACCUGUAAUCUCGAUCAAUACUUCUUCCCGUUUGACAACAUGACGUGCCCGAUAUGUGUCGGAGGAAAGUUCCGAUCUGGUGACGAGAUUCGUUGUCGAGAAGAGAACUCUACCGAGGAUGUGAUGAACUGCAGCGGUACUCGGGAGGUGCCAGGAGGAGAGUGGAGCGUAUCGGUCAGUCUGGAGGCCAGUGGGAACCAGGCCUGUCUUAACCUGCACCUCCGGAGAAACCCGACCUAUCACAUGUGCACGACUGUUACCCCGUUCAUGGUCCUGUCGCUGCUGAUGUGCCUGACGUUCUUCCUCCCUGCGGACGGUGGGGCACGGCUCGGGUACGCCAUGACCAUCCUCCUGUCUAUGUUCGUCAACCUCGUGGUCAUCACAGACUUCCUACCGCGAUCUGGAAAUAUCCCAUUCAUUGGUAUAGUGAAUAUUGUGGCCAUCGUCAUGAUGAGUGUCUUCAUGCUGGUGACGACUUGGAUCGUAAGACUGUCUCAGCGAGAGACUGAAAUGUCUCAGUGUACAAAAGUCUUUUUCCUGGGAUGCUGCGCACGACUGGUACUACUCGGUGACAUGAGAAGGGUUCCAAAAGAGGACAAGGACAUCCUGUUGGUCAACAGCAGAAUCGUUCUCGAUGGGGACGACAUCGGUAUUACCCAGGACACUGGCAAUUCACAGGGCAGUCCAGAAGCCGACGUCGCUACCGUGUUAAAAGGCCUGAAGACGGUCAUGAGAAGCACCCAGCAGAGUCUAGAGGCCCUAAGGCAGAGCUUGGAUGGCUGGAAGAAAGAUGGGCCAAGUGAUGACCGUGAUGAAGGAGAGAGCGACUGGGAACGGCUGGCACUCGUUCUGGAUAGACUGUGUUUGAUCUUCUACCUCGGUGGUCUUUUCGCCUCUGUGCCUAUCAUCCUGCAUUUUGGGUAUAGAAGACUGCUGUAAAGAGUUAGAUAUGUUGUUAUCGUAAAAAAUGUGCAGUUACAAACUAAACGUAAAAGUCGGAAGAUAUCAUAAGAUUCCCCAUGACCAGUGUUUUUGUUCAUUCUGCCCUAAUGAGAUUGAGGAUGAGAGUAACUUUAUCAUGAAAUGUUCACGAUAUGAUGAUAAACGCUCAAAGCUGUUCAUAUUUCUUUCCGCCUGCUCGAAAGAAUUUGAUAUAUUCUUUUCGCUAGACCAAUUCAACUACAUCCUAGAAGGUAAUAACCCUUAUAGUGUACAAAUAGGUAAAUAUAUUAAAGAAUGUUUAGACUUUAGAACCAAUAGUGUAAAUGAUACUCAACAUAUUGAUUCAUUGAUACUUAUUCGUACACAUAGGUAAUUCAUUGUAUACACUUGUUUGUUCACAUUUAUAGUUGUGGCAGACCUUAGGAAAGUCACUGUACUUUUGUUGUAUCAAUAAACUUAAGAUAUGCCUGUCUUACUGUUAUGGAAAUAGUGGACGACUCAUAGUUUUGGUUAUCUCCAGUUACUACUGACGAUGCUGGUGUGUUACGCCGAACGGCGGUUAUACCGGCUAUAUAGAUACAGAUACAGAUACGAAAGAUAGCGGAUGCUACAACUGAAACGACGGACCGUUCACUUUUGUAUUGUGUAUCUUGUGUGUCUGUGUACCUGUCUGUUUUUCCGCUUAUUUGUCAGCAUAAUUCUUCUAGAAGUCUACGAGCUCUUUUUCUAGAUCAUGUAGCCUGCGGGUACAAAAUAUGUUGACAAACAUAUAGUGAUAUAUGAUACAAUAUACAAUGUUGAAAAGCCGUGUUGUGACUUGUUGCAUGUUGUAGUGU